UUCACUUGCGCCCCCCGUGGUCAGCUACUCACUAAAAACAUCCCGCUGACUGUCAUAAAGGCAGCGCGGAUGAACCGUGGCGAUAGGGGACGCGUGUGUCCGACACAGCGCAGUCCCAUCCACGGGGGUCUGCUCGGUGGACCCCAAAUGGCGGCGUGAGUGAAGGAUGCGCCUCCCCAUCUCCAUCUUUGUGUCCGUGUCCCUGUUUACCGCCGAGACCACAGCCGCGCUGUACCUCAGCUCCACGUACCGUUCCGCAGGGGACAGGAUCUGGCAGGGGCUCACGGUCCUCUUCACGCUCGUGCCCUCCGUGCUCGUGCAGCUCACCCUCACGUUCAUCCACCGGGACCUGAGCCGGGACAGACCGCUCAUCCUCCUGCUGCACAUUCUGCAGCUGGGACCCAUCGUCAGGUGUCUGGAGGCGUUCUGCAUCUAUGGCAGCGUGGGCAGAGUGGAGGAGCCCUAUGUCAGCAUCACCAGGAAGAAACAGAUGCCACGGCGGGGGCAGUCUGAGGAGGUGGAGCGGCAGGUGGGGCAGGCAGAGGGCAAACUGUUCACCCACAGAGCAGCCUUCGCCCGCACCUCUGUCAUCCAGGCCUUCCUCGGAUCUGCACCCCAACUCACCCUCCAGCUCUACAUCUGUGUGCUGCAAAGGGGCGUGUCCAUCGGCAGAGGAACAUUAAUGGUGAUCAGCCUACUGUCUAUAGUCUAUGGAGCACUGCGCUGUAAUAUUCUUGCCAUAAAGAUCAAAUAUGACGACUACGAAGUGGACGUGCGGCCCUUGGCGUACAUGUGUAUCUUUCUGUGGAGGAGUUUCGAGAUUGCCACUCGUGUGGUGGUGCUGGUGCUGUUCAGUUCUGUGCUGCAGCUCUGGGUGCUGCCCGUGGUUUUGCUCAACUUCCUUGUUUUCUCCCUCUACCCCUGGAUCCUGUUCUGGUGGAGCCACUCUCCUUUCCCUGAGAAUAUUGAGAAAACUCUGUCCAGAUUAGGAACCACCAUUGUGCUUUGUCUGCUCACCUUCCUCUACGCAGGUAUCAACAUGUUCUGCUGGUCUGCGGUGCAAGUUAAACUUAGCGACCCAGACCUCAUCAACAAAUCGCAGAACUGGUAUCGUAUGGCUGUUUACUACAUGCUGCGCUUUGUGGAGAACGCCUCACUGCUGCUGCUGUGGUACAUCUUCAGAACGGACGUCUACAGCGACAUUUGCGCUCCACUGCUGGUGCUGCAGUUGCUUGUAGCUUACGCCAUAGGGAUCUUCUUCAUGCUGGUGUUUUAUCAGUUCUGCCACCCGUGCCGAAGACUCUUCUCCUCUAGUAUGAGCCAGGGACUUUGGGACUGCUCCUCUGUGCUCUGUUUUAUGUGUGACACAGCUCCAUCACCCAUCAGGACCACAGGUAAAGCUGCGCUCCAGCCCCCCAGCUCCCACUGCAAAGAGCCCCCCAGUGACCGGGCCAGUGAUACGUACGAAGACAUGCCAAAUGAUACAACCUACGAUAUUCUCAACGACACCAUUUAUGACAGUCCUAAUGACAUGGCCACUAUCACAGACACAGGCGUCAAUGGCGACGCUGGCUACACUGAGCCCUGCAAUGCAUGAUCACUUUAAGCUGAAGAAAAACAAUAGAGCAGAACAGAACAAAUGUAUUUCCAAAUAAUGAUCACUCCAGAAUGAAAUGGCACACAUUAAGAGCAUAGUUUUUCAUAACUCUGCAAGCUAUCUAGCAUACAUUAUGGAUUUACUUCCACUCAUUCAGUUCCUUUGGCUGCAUAAGCAUAACGCAUGGCUGAUGUUAAGAAAUUAGUACAGCCACUCAUGAGCUGUUUUAUAGCAAAAACUUGAACCAUGCAUCUUAACCCUCACGCUCUCCUCGGGGUCAUAGACCUGAAGAAAUUUUUUUUCUUCCUUCUUCUGAUUCCUCUUGGAGUGGGUCAAUCAGACCCAAAAAUUUAUUUUCUCGUCAGGCGAGAAAAAUACAUUUUUGGGUCUGACCCCGAGGAGACCGUGAGGGUUAAACUCUUAAAUGCCACAUGGAUCACAGAGUCUGCUCUUGAAAUCAUCUCCAUGUUAGAAGCCAUAUUAUACUUUUUCCAUCUGAACCUGGAAAGAGGAAGCGUGUCCUUAACGAAGUUUGUUUACCAGCUACGGCUGAAUAAGUGCACAAAGUUUAGGUAACUAGGCUUGAAUCAUUUUGCAAAUUCAAAAGCCUGGGGUCACUGCACACUGUACUUUUAUGCUGCAUUAUUCAAAUCACAGUGAGCCACAAGAUCAAACUAAUCAUAUUAAUAUCUAUAAAGCAUGGAGGUGUGCAUGUGUGGAACAAAGUGAACUGGAGUGAAUAGUAUUUAAUGCCAGUGGCUGCAAACAAUCAGCUUUUGAAGAAAAUGUCUAAAUAAUAGCUUUAUCAUUACAACAUGCUGCUUCUAUGGUGUAUUUUUGCAGAAUGAGAGUUUUAACUUGAUGUUCUAUGUACUAUGCCAGUGCAGUCGACACACCACACAUUUUACUGUGAAGCAUGUGGACAGCUCAAUUUUUUGCACGUCGAUGUAAAUGUGUAUUCAUAAAUGUAAUGUUUUCAUGUGUCACUGGUCUCUUAACACAGCUGUAGAUGUGUCACGCCUCAGCUAACCUUUAACUGCAGUGUGUGAGGGGCAUUGUUUGAGAAAUGUAAAUGCAGAGGUUUUGCAGCCUCGGGUAUCAUGUUAAAGUUCCUGAUGUUUGUUAUCAAAAGAAAAAAAUGCCACAAGAAAACUUAUUGCACACGUAUUUCUCAUUUAUAAAAACAUUUAAAAUAAACGCAAAAAUAAAUUUAUAUUUAUAUCAGCAAAA